AUGAGACGGCCCGGAAUUCAGGGAAAUCUCCCUGCCGACUUGCAACCACCGACGGAAACUAUCAGUAUCCAUGGCUUCACGAUUACCGCCGGGAAGAGCCUUGGGCUUAUUGAUAGAACUGGAAUGGGAUGGGGUAUCAUGAAACUUGCCACGCCAUCUGAAUCCCAGUUUUAUGACGAGCUUGCGCCCGAUUUGAAACGCAAAGUUGAUGAACGUCGGAAGGAAUCGGCCGAAUGGGACAAGUUAUAUGGCAACACGACCGUUGAAGCCCAAUAUCAGAAAGCCGUAGAACGUGAAGGGCCAAAGAAGGUCUAG